AAGAAAGAAAGUAAUCAUAUUCGGUGGGGGGAAAAAGGCGAAAAGUCUAGAAAAUAACGGAGAAGUCUAGGAGUUUCCCUCUGUUCACCGGGAAACGUCGAGAAGAAUUCCGACACAUCUUCUCCUCUAUCAAAUACUACGUCUUUCCUAUCACACUACACAUUCAUUCUCAUUACCAAACCAAACUCUAAGCAAUUAUUGUAUACAUUCUCUUCUCUCUCCCUUUUCUCAUCACACACUAACUUGCUUUCGAGGUUUUCUUCUUCUUUCUCGAAUUUUCACAUACCGAACUUCUCGUCUUUCACAUCUCCAGGUUUGAAAUGAAUCCUGAGAAGUUUACUCACAAGACUAAUGAAGCUCUUGCGUCGGCCCACGAGCUCGCGAUGAGUUCAGGCCACGCGCAAUUGACUCCCAUCCACUUGGCCCACGCGCUGAUUUCCGAUCCCAACGGCAUCUUCGUGCUAGCGAUAAACAGCGCGGGCGGCGGCGAGGAAUCGGCACGCGCCGUGGAGCGAGUGUUGAACCAGGCUCUGAAGAAGCUACCCUGCCAGUCCCCUCCGCCGGACGAGGUGCCGGCGAGCACCAACCUCGUGAGGGCCAUCAGGAGAGCACAGGCGGCGCAAAAAUCACGUGGCGACACGCAUUUGGCCGUUGAUCAGUUGAUCCUCGGAAUCCUCGAAGACUCCCAAAUCGGAGACCUGUUGAAGGAAGCGGGGGUUGCGGUGGCGAGGGUAAAAUCGGAAGUGGAUAAGCUUCGUGGGAAGGAAGGGAAGAAGGUUGAGAGCGCUUCCGGGGAUACGAAUUUCCAAGCUUUGAAGACUUAUGGGCGUGACCUUGUUGAACAAGCGGGGAAGCUUGACCCUGUUAUUGGCCGUGACGAAGAGAUUAGAAGGGUUGUGAGGAUUCUAUCACGGAGGACUAAGAACAACCCGGUUCUCAUUGGAGAACCGGGUGUGGGAAAAACUGCGGUUGUGGAAGGGUUGGCACAGAGGAUAGUAAGAGGGGAUGUUCCAAGCAACCUUGCUGAUGUGAGGCUUAUUGCGUUGGAUAUGGGGGCGUUGGUCGCGGGUGCCAAGUAUAGAGGCGAGUUUGAGGAGCGGUUAAAGGCUGUUUUGAAGGAAGUGGAGGAGGCUGAGGGGAAGGUGAUACUCUUCAUUGAUGAGAUUCAUUUGGUCCUUGGUGCUGGUAGAACUGAAGGCUCCAUGGAUGCUGCUAAUCUAUUCAAACCUAUGCUUGCUCGCGGCCAGCUUAGGUGCAUUGGUGCCACCACGCUUGAGGAGUACAGGAAGUAUGUGGAGAAGGAUGCUGCAUUCGAGAGGAGGUUCCAACAGGUUUUUGUGGCGGAACCUAGUGUGGUUGAUACCAUUAGCAUUCUUCGUGGCUUGAAAGAGAGAUAUGAAGGCCAUCACGGUGUUAGAAUUCAGGACCGUGCUUUGGUUAUGGCAGCUCAAUUGUCUAACCGGUAUAUAACUGGGCGUCAUCUUCCUGACAAGGCAAUUGAUUUGGUUGACGAGGCUUGUGCAAAUGUUAGGGUUCAACUUGAUAGUCAGCCUGAGGAAAUUGAUAACCUUGAAAGGAAGAGAAUGCAGCUAGAAGUGGAACUUCAUGCUCUGGAGAAAGAGAAAGACAAGGCUAGCAAAGCCCGUCUUGUUGAAGUGCGGAAAGAACUUGAUGACUUGAGGGACAAGCUUCAGCCUUUGAUGAUGAAGUACCGAAAAGAGAAAGAGAGGGUUGAUGAGAUUCGAAGGCUCAAGAAGAAAAGAGAAGAGCUUCUUUUUGCUUUACAAGAGGCUGAGAGAAGAUAUGAUCUGGCUAGAGCUGCAGACCUGCGAUAUGGAGCAAUUCAAGAGGUGGAAACUGCAAUACAACAACUUGAAGGGAGCACUGAAGAGAAUCUGAUGUUGACUGAAACUGUUGGACCGGAGCAAAUAGCUGAGGUUGUGAGCCGCUGGACCGGUAUACCAGUUACAAGGCUUGGCCAAAAUGAAAAAGAAAGAUUGAUUGGACUUGGUGACAGAUUGCACAGCAGAGUUGUAGGACAAGACCAAGCUGUUAAUGCUGUUGCUGAGGCUGUGUUGAGAUCUAGAGCUGGGCUAGGAAGACCUCAACAACCAACUGGUUCAUUCCUAUUCCUUGGUCCAACUGGUGUUGGUAAAACUGAGCUUGCAAAGGCUCUUGCUGAGCAACUAUUUGAUAAUGAAAACCAGUUGGUGAGAAUUGAUAUGUCCGAAUACAUGGAGCAGCACUCGGUUUCAAGAUUGAUUGGUGCACCACCAGGGUAUGUUGGACAUGAGGAAGGUGGACAACUAACUGAAGCCGUAAGGCGAAGACCUUACAGUGUGGUGCUUUUUGAUGAAGUGGAAAAGGCACAUACAUCUGUGUUCAAUACUCUUCUUCAAGUUUUGGACGAUGGGAGGUUAACUGAUGGACAAGGCCGUACUGUGGACUUUAGAAACACUGUAAUUAUCAUGACCUCAAAUCUUGGAGCAGAGCACCUCCUCAGUGGACUUUCAGGAAAAUGUACCAUGCAAGUUGCUCGGGAUCGGGUAAUGCAGGAGGUGAGAAGGCAAUUUAGGCCAGAAUUGCUGAAUCGACUUGAUGAAAUUGUGGUAUUUGACCCCCUUUCACAUGACCAAUUGAGGAAGGUUGCAAGGCUACAAAUGAAGGAUGUAGCUAGUCGUCUUGCUGAGAAAGGAAUUGCCUUGGCAGUCACUGAUGCAGCACUAGACUAUAUACUUGCCGAGAGCUAUGAUCCGGUGUAUGGUGCUAGACCAAUAAGGAGGUGGCUUGAGAAGAAGGUGGUGACAGAGUUGUCUAGAAUGCUUGUAAGAGAGGAGAUUGAUGAGAAUUCAACGGUUUACAUAGAUGCUGGACCCAAUGGGGGCGAGUUGGUCUACCGUGUAGAAAAGAAUGGAGGGGUUGUUAAUCCUACAACUGGGCAGAAGUCCGAUAUCUUGAUUCAGAUACCUAAUGGACAUGCACCUAAAACUGAUGCUGUUCAAGCAGUCAAGAAGAUGAAGAUUGAGGAAAUUGAUGAUGAUGAAAUGGAAGAGUGAAUUUUAUGAUAAAAUGUAAUUAGUUUGAUGGCGCAAGCUCCUCUUGAACUUCCUUCUUUGUCUUUUAUGUGUUUUGAAUGGGUGUGAGUGAAAAUUGAAGAAGUCCCUUGUAACACCUGCUUUUUGUCUGAUCAAUAAAUUUUCUUUCUGUAAAUAGAUUGAUUACAGCUGAGGUGGAGAGCUUUUUUAUAGUUUUUCUGUGCAGCGGCUGCUCUGUGAUAAUUUAGUUGCCUGUCAUAUUUACUUGGCGAAGCCGUAAAAUGAAAUCUGUGGUAUUGGUAUUGUUAUUUUUUAGACAAAUUCCACUGUUAAAGUUCGUUGUUAUGAGAUUUAACACUUAAACUU